AUGAGGCGAUCUGCCAUUUUUUUCGUCUUGGGUCUUUUUACUUUGACAACUUUCACUUCAGCAGAAACAUACCUAAAGGAGACGUUUUCCGAUAAAGACUGGGAAAAGCGUUGGAUUAACUCCAAGCAUAAGGAAGACCUUGGCACGUUCGUAGUAACACCUGGAGAUUUUUAUGCGGACGAAAUAGAAUCUCGCGGUCUUUCAACUUUUGACAAUGCAAAAUUUUAUGCAAUUUCUACGAAACUUGAUAAAAUAAUUGAUAACUCUGAUAAAGAUAUGGGUAUUGACUGCGGUGGAGGUUAUGUAAAACUUCUUCCUCCAGGUUUUGAUGCAUUAUCUUUUAAAGGAGAAUCAUUAUAUAAUAUUAUGUUUGGUCCCGAUAUUUGUGGAGUGAACCGUAAAGUUCAUGUAAUUAUACAUUUCAAGGGAGAAAACAAACAAAUAAAAAAGGAAAUAAAGGCGAAAUGGGAUACAUUAACACAUGUAUAUACUUUAAUAAUAAAACCUGACCAUACGUAUAAAGUUCUUAUUGAUCUUGAAGAAGAAGUAUCCGGAACCUUAGAGGAAGAUUUUGAUUUACUUCCACCCAAAGAAAUUCCAGAUGCCAAUGCUAAAAAACCUGAUGAUUGGGUUGAUGAAGCAGAGAUCCCUGAUCCGGAUGAUCAUAAACCAAAAGAUUGGGUAGACCAUCCAGCUACAAUUCCUGAUCCUGAUGCCAAAAAGCCCGACGAUUGGGAUGAUGAAAUGGAUGGAGACUGGGAACCACCACAAGUUUCUAAUCCAGAAUACAAAGGAGUAUGGCAACAAAAGAAGAUUCCAAAUCCAAAAUACAAAGGAGAAUGGAAAGCACCUAUGAUACCAAAUCCAGAGUAUACACCAGAACCAUUACUUCAUGCUUACAAAACCGAAUAUAUCGGAUUUGAUUUGUGGCAAGUGAAAGCUGGUACUAUAUUUGAUAACAUCUUGAUCACAGAUGAUUUCAAAGAAGCAGAAGCUUUUGCCCACGAGACAUACGUCAAAUAUAAAGCUAAGGAAAAAGAAGCAAAGAGAAUAUUGGAUGAGAUAGAAAAAGGAGAAUCCGAUGACAUAUUCGAGGAUGAAGACGAUAGUAAAGACGAUAAGAAAGACGAUAAGAAAGACAGUAAGAAAGACGACGAUGAUGAUGACAUUAUUGAUCUAGACGUUAAACUUGGAGAUGAUGGAGAAGUUAAAGUCACAGCUCCAGACCCCAAUUUAGAUAAAGAUGAUAAAAAGCAAAAACCAAUUGAAAAAGAAAAAUCAGACAAAGAGACAAAAGAGAAAAAAGAAGAGAAAAAGGAAGAGAAAAAGGAAGAGAAAAAAGAAGAGAAAAGAGAAGAGAAAAAAGAAGAGAAAAAAGAAGAGAAAAAAGAAGAGAAAAAAGAAGAGAAAAAGGAAGAGAAAAAGGAAGGAAAAGUUGAAGAGAAAGAAAAACCCAAAGAAGUAAAAGUAGAAAAAGAAAAACCCAAAGAAAUAAAAAUAGAAAAACCCGAAGUAAAAGUUGAAAAAGAAACCAAAGUAGAAAAAGCGAAAGUUAAAGAAACUAAAGACGAAAAAGAUGAAAUGGAUAAACUACUCGAUGACUUUGAAGAAGAAUUAGGUCUACCCAAAAAAGAAAAGGGACACAAAUUACCAAUAAGGGACGAAUUUUAA